GAUAAAACGUAAAUAAAGCAGCUACGUUAAACAGUUUCAAAAUGCUAAUUUCAAACAAAAAGAAAGCACAGUUUUCACCAUUAACCGUUCACAGUCCUAGGCUAGUAUUGCCUUGAGCUCUGUAUCGGCAAUGCAGCUGGAAUGCAGAGGUUAAAUAUUUGUUGGAACACAUACUGUAAAAACAGAAAAGGCACAUAUUUCUUUUGUACCCUAAAGGGACACAGACAAAGAAUUUCCCAUUCAGUUGGGUCUUUACGAAUGGAUACACUCACUCUGCUUAGCUAUGCAGGGAGUGUACUGAAGGUGGGAAUUGAACAGCGCGUCGCCUGAAUUAAAAAUGCAAGGGGUCUGUCCUUCCUUCUGACGUCACAUCUGUCUUUAAUACAAUCCAAGAGAGUAAAGGAAAAAGGUCAGAUGAAACAAUCCGAAAAACAUCAGUUUAGGAUUCCUACCAGCUCCCUCUGUGGUGGUGAUUGUGUUUAAAAGCCUCCAAGUUUUGAUUCAAUGCAUUUAAUACUGGGUUCCAGUGAUGUGGCGGUUCUUGCCCUGGACUGUAAUGUUUGUCAGAAUUCUGCAGGUUAUUUCUCAGAACUCCACCACAAUGACUCCGUUUAUAACAACAACAGAAGUUUAUAUCCAGGAAAGGUACUGCAAAUGGCCCUGUGAAUGUCCCAAAACUCCACCCCUGUGUCCACCAGGAGUUAGCCUUGUUACAGAUGGCUGUGACUGCUGCAAGCAGUGUGCAAAGCAGGUUGGGGAACAAUGCCAUGAAGCCGAUGUCUGUGAUUUCCACAGAGGGUUAUACUGUGACUACAGUCGAGACAAGCCUAGGUACGAAAUUGGCGUAUGUGCAUAUAUGGUUGGCAUUGGUUGUGAAUAUAAUGGCGCUAUAUAUCGGAAUGGACAGUCUUUCCAGCCGAACUGUAAAUAUAAAUGUACCUGUGUAAAUGGUGCAAUAGGAUGUAUACCACUGUGCAAUGAUUCUCAACCUCCCCUUGUCUGGUGCCAGAAUCCAAAAAAGAUUAAAAUGACAGGAAUGUGCUGUGAGCAGUGGAUCUGUGAUAAUACAAGAAAAAUUCGAAAGACAGCACCACGCCAUAUUUCUUCUGCAGCCUACCGUGGAGAAAUUGAACCCUGGCAUAAAAACUGCUUAGCCCAAACCACACCAUGGAGUCCUUGUUCAAAAACAUGUGGAGUGGGAAUAUCAACUAGGAUUUCCAAUGAAAAUGAACAGUGCAGAAUCGAAAAAGAAAGCCGGCUGUGUAAUCUGCGACCUUGUGAAGUUGAUAUCACAAAACAUUUCAGGCCAGGGAAGAAGUGCCUAGCUGUUUAUCGACGAGACCAUCCUACAAAUUACACUAUAUCUGGCUGCACAAGUACAAAAUCCUAUCGGCCAAAGUACUGUGGUGUCUGCACAGAUAAUCGUUGUUGCACACCAUACAAGUCAAAAACAAUUGAAGUGACAUUUAAGUGCCCAGAUGGGUCGGAAUUUUCUUGGAAAGUCAUGUGGAUCAAUGCCUGUUUUUGCUACUUGAAAUGCAAAAAUCCCAAUGAUAUUUUUGAAGAUUUGUCAAUGUACCAAGACUACCAUGCUGUUGCAAAUUAGCAGGUUAUUAGACAUGGUGCUCAAACUUUCUUAAAGGACAAGCAAUUUUGCAUUUUAGCUUGCAAUCUGCAUAUUCAGCAACUGAUGAGUUGACCUGUAGUGUACAUUUGCACUUAAUAUAGAAGUCUCAGCUUUCCUCAUGUAAUCAUAUAUUUCAGAAAUGAUAAAAGUAUACCAUGCCAUAAGGCUGUGCUUUUCAUCCUGAACACUUAUUUGAUACACAAAUCCAGAUAUAAAUUGGUAGUCAGAUCAUCAUUCAGACAAAUAAUGCCAGUCAUGAUAUCAGCUGGCUUCUACCAAAGUUAUUUCAAAACAAUAAAAUAAGGCGCUCAUAGAUCUAACAGCUUUGCCUUUCACAAGCUGAUGAUGGUAAAAUGAUAGUUAAGUUAGACUACUGCAUGCAUGAUGCCUGCACAAAAGUUUCCCAAAAAUGUAUAUAAUUCAAAUAAUUGUGAAAGACUGGAACAACCCUGUUGUGACCUAAUGCCGAAGUAAACAAAUGUGAUAGCAUUUAUUUGCACUUUACCUCUGAUAUCUGUGCUGUGCAGGAUGUAGGCUUUGUUUCUUCUUAUAGUGUGUUUACCUAUGUAUAGUUUUAAUGUAAGCAGGUAACUGUAAAUUUUAUAAGAAGAAAAAGAAAAGAAGCUUUAUUAAAUUAUCAUUAAUAUAAAAUACAGGCCUAAAUCAAAAUGCUCCGCUGCUUAUUACUGAUGCUAUCAGAACAGUAAGAAGCAAUGCAUUUAGGCCAUAUACAAUAGUAAUAAAUGUUCAAAAGACAAACAACUCUGCUGAAGAGAGUGCCAUCAUGUUUUAAAAGGCUAAGUAUUUAUUAAUAUUUUUUUACUGUGCAAUUAUUUAAACAGCAAAACAUAUUGUAAUAACUGUGUAUUGUAAAUAAAUAUGAUUUCAUCUACA